AUGGGGGCGACCCCGUUUCAUCAUUCCAUACUCGAGGUCCGGCUGCCAAAACAUUUUUACAAGCCAACAGACAUGAGGUACGACGGAACGCAAGACCCACUGGAACAUCUCAUGGCCUUUGAGGCCAAAAUGAACCUUGAGGGAGUGGGAGACAAAGUAAGGUGCCGCACCUUCCCGAUAACCCUAGCGGGACCUGCAAUAUGGUGGUUCAAUAACCUCCCGCAGGGCUCGGUGACCGGCUUCGCAGACAUCAGCCAUGCCUUCUUAGCCCAAUUCAUGACCAGAAUUGCAAAGGCGAAGCACCCAAUCAACCUGCUCAGGGUGACUCAGCGACCUGACGAGUCGACCAGGAAAUACCUAGACAGAUUCAACGAUGAGUGCCUGGAAAUCAACGGGCUGACGGACUCAGUCACAAGUUUAUGCUUGACGAAUGGACUCCUGAACGAGGACUUCAGAAAGCACCUUACCACGAAACCAGUGUGGAGUAUGCAGGAAAUCCAAUGUGUGGCCAAGGAGUACAUCAACGACGAAGAAGUGAGCCGAGUCGUGGCCGCCAACAAACGGCAGCCCUCUCACAACCAAGACCGGCACCGCAGAAGCAGAGAAGGACAAAAGGAACAUGCCAGAGACGGCGGCCCGAGCAAGGCACCCAGACCAUUUCCUCGUGUCAGGAAGUUCACCAACUACACUCUCCUCACCGCGCCGAUCAUGGAAGUUUAUCAACAAAUUGCCGAAAAAGGGAUCUUGUUGAAGCCCCGACCACUGAAGGAACAAACAGGGAAAAACCGAAGCCUCUACUGUGAUUAUCACAAGGGCUAUGGGCAUAAAACCCAAGACUGCUUUGAUCUAAAGGAUGCACUAGAGCAGGCUAUCAGGGAUGGAAAGCUAGCCAAAUUUUCCCACCUUAUUAGGGAGCCGAGGCGACGGAAUCGCGACCACGACGGUGAGGAUAGGACUCGGGCACCGAAGCGACGCCAAGAACCGGAGGACGACGAUUGGGGCCUCACCAUAGUGAACGUGGUAACAGCUAGGAAUGCAGCACCCACGUCAAGGUCGGCACACAGGAAAGACGCCAAAAGUCCUGGCGGUCUCCUCAUCCUCUACGCGAAGCACUAG